CUCAUCAGCAUCAAUGUCCUUCUUCCUGAGGGCCCUGCAAUUGUUAUUGCUCCGACACUUGCCCAUUUGCACGUGGAUGGACAGUGACAAAUGUGGAUUAAUGUCUAGCGCCAUGAGCGCACAUCAGAGAUGGACACAGGUGCUAUACACGAAGCCAUCAUCAUCACCAUCAUCAUCAUCAUUAUUGCUGGGCUGGGAUUGGAACCUACAACCCUCGGGAUUGAGAGUCAAGUGAAUGAACCACUACACCAUGAAACCUCUACUCAAGGCAAAUACCAUCCCUAUGAGUGCCCUCUCCCAUGCCACCACCUGCCCUUUCAUCCUGUAGGGGUCACCACCACCCCCUUCAGCCUACAUGUAGGUCACGAUGACCGCCGGGAUGUUUGGGGCAGCAAACUACCGAACGAGACCCACACCCAGUUCAGAGCUGAUACCUGAGAUUCGUCAAAGCCCCACCCUUGAUAAAGACAAGAGUCUCUGUUUGAGCUACUCUCACACUGCUCUCCAAGGUCUCUCAGCUUUCCCAGCAUCAGACUUGAGGACAGCCCUCCAGAACAUGGUCCAUGCAGAGAGGAUAUGGACAUGAACCCUAUGCUUGAUCAAGGUUGGGACUGUGUCUUUGCCAUAGCUGCCCAAGCUCUUUCAGUUGUGUCCUCUGAAAGUUCCCAUCAUUACCAGCAUCCGGACUCCAGAAGAGAUCUCCAAGAUAUGGUCCAUGCAGUGAUGAUAUGAACAAGAGCCCUACACCUGACCAAGAUGGUUGUCUUUGCCUCUGUAAGUACUCUGACCAUGCUUUCCAAGCUCUCUCAAAGUUCCCAGCAUCAGACUCGAGGACAGCCCUCCAGAACUGGCUCCAUGUGGUGAGGAUAUGAACACGAGCCCUACGCUUAUUCAAGAUCAAUGUUUGCUGCAGCAGAAUCCAUAUAUAUUAAGGCUGCGACGGGUAGUCGAAUGCUCGAGUACCCGCACGGUUGACAACUAC